GCAAAGAAACAACAACAUUAAACUUUAAUUGCAAAGGCCCAUAACACCAUUAAUGGCUUCAAACAGAACAUCGCAAAUAUAAAUUUUCGUAACCCUUAAUUCAGUAUUAAAACAGAUUUACGCACCUCAUUAUACGAUUAGGCUUUAAUGUCUGAUAAAUAUUUUAUGAGUCCUUUUGAUCAAUAUAAACUCCAAGAAUGACAGCAACUCUUGAAACUACAGUCAGUUACAUUCAGUCAUAAUUCAUAGAAGAACCAUAAAAUUAGAUGAAGUGACAAUAAAGCAAAGUCUAAUAAAUUCGACGACAUGAAUUACGUCGGCAAUUCUAAGCCAUUAUAUUUUAAGCGCCUAUUAACACAUUAAAUCAUAAUUGUAGGUGCAUCUAAUUUUACUGCUGAUUCUGUAUUCUGCGCCGCCAAAUCAAAGGUAAUAUGAAAUUAAGAGAACUGAACAUAAUUUUAUUUAACUGCAAGUAAUGAAAGACAAAAUGAUGCAGAUCCAUGAAAACAUGCCAAUAUUAUUAAUCUACUCGAUCAUAUAAUAUUGUAUUCAAAACUAUGUUUAAUUGAUAGACCCUCAACAAACAAAAGUACCCACAGGUGAUAUUUUCCGAACCGUAUUGAACGGCACUUCACUCAAUUAUCCCUUUACCGAUGCGCGUGACCCACUGACAAAACAAGCGAAGCGAUCGCCGCAUCACAUUGUUUUCCCAUAGCCCGAACGAUUCCAUUCAGAAUCUCAUUACACUUGAAAGGGGUUACAACAAAUCUGGCGCAACGUUUUCUCAUGGACGUGUCUGUCGUUAGGGCAGCGUGAGGUGACCAUUACUGCGUACAAAGAGUUGCCUAAAAUAGAGAGCUUUUGUGAGGCGGGAAGACAGGCGAGGGACGAGGUGGGGGCGGGGCGGUCGCCGGCUGCCCGGCGGCUCAGUCGCGCCGCGCCUCACAGCCGCCUCGCACGCCGCACCACGGAGCGUGCCUCUCGGACAGUGCACGCGCACGCGAUACCUCCCCCGCCGCGCCCCUCUGAUAACACGUGCACAUAACACUAGUGGAAAUCUACAGAUGAUAUCAAACUCCCAUUGAGCAAAGUUUCACAAUGCAAGAACAAAGUUCAUCGAGAUCCAACAAGUCUACGUUAAACUCACUGGAAAGCGCGAUCAUCAAAUUGAAAAACAACUUGCAAAUACAGGACACUAAGACCACAGACAUGAACGGUUUGUUGACUGCAGACCCACCGUCACCACAUUCGGAUGCCAAACCAAAUGCAAGUAAGAGUCCCAGUUCUUCCCCAUCUACAAACAUUAAUUUGUCUAUUGCCUCCGCCGCAUUGUUACAAGAAAACAUGCUUCAAAGAUCACUACAAGGAGUAGUUAUAUCUUUACAAAAUGCAAUGAUGAGUUCACUGCAACAAGCAGCGUUACUACCCUCGAACUCUGCAGCUGCUGCAGCAUUGAAUUUACAAGCUUUAGAAUCAUAUUUGACAUUGCAACGUUUAACAUCAGUAUCCACUGUAAACAAUACGACACAGCCCAGUACAACGGAAAAUAGUUCAUCAUCUAAACAAGAUAUUCUAAGGAUAGCGACAGCAAGUGCUAAAAUAAGUGAAAUAGAUGCAUCUGAUACCUCAAAAGAAUUUUCACCUAAAACACCUGAGGAAUAUCCAUUAUCUGAUGCCAUUGCGGCCGAAGAUGUUGACUUAUCUGAAGAAGUAGAAGAAGACUUGGCCCUUUUAGAUAACGAAGAUGAGUUUACAUUGGAACAACAUUUAGAAUCAACAUCAAAAGGUUAUGGAUAUAGUUCGUCUCAGAAUCUAGAUAACGGGUACCCCAGUCUCCUCAUGAAUGCAAUGUAUCAACAACAAAUGAAUGGGAGUCCAUCACAAGCUCCGUUAUCUCCACAAGCUUCGAAUUCUUCAAAGUCAACGAAUAGUUCAACAUCUUCGACAGGCAGUAGUGUAUCAAAUAAACAAAAGACUGGAGCAACUGGUCCCAGGACGAAGAAACAAUUUAUUUGCAAAUUUUGUAACCGACAAUUUACAAAGUCAUAUAACUUACUUAUCCAUGAGAGGACACACACAGAUGAGCGGCCAUACUCCUGUGACAUUUGCGGGAAAGCUUUCCGACGGCAAGAUCACCUGAGAGAUCACAGGUACAUACAUUCGAAGGAGAAACCGUUCAAAUGUCUGGAAUGCGGCAAGGGUUUCUGUCAGUCCAGAACGUUAGCUGUCCACAAAAUUCUACAUAUGGAAGAAUCUCCCCACAAGUGUCCGGUGUGCAGUCGAAGUUUCAACCAAAGGUCGAAUCUAAAGACCCAUUUGUUGACACACACAGACAUAAAACCAUACAACUGUUCCUCAUGUGGGAAGGUCUUUAGAAGAAACUGUGACUUGCGACGCCAUAGCUUGACUCACAACCUCGUUGGAAUAUCAUCAGUGAAUACAUCUCCGAGUGGCAGCAAUGGAAAGAGUCCAUUGUUAAAUCCGAACUUCCCAAUCGACAGCUUAGAUACUGAAGACGAGAAUUAGUAUUUACGUGUAUUAGUGGCAAAUACAAAAGACUGAUUUUUUACUCCUAACACGGUGCCUUUUAGUAUUAAGUUAUCUAAGGCAUUAACUCAUGCCAUCAGUGACGAGACAUUUGAACAAAAACGUGUUUUCUAAGGGUAGAUAUUGCGUUUAGUGUAAAAACUGAAUUUAUUUAUGUUCUAAAUUCCAUGUUUAUUAUGUUUGUUCACGUUAUGGUUUCUUUAGGUGAUUUUUGAGUUUGGCAGCGGCAAUUUAUUGUGUAGAAAUAAAUUCUUGCAAUAUCCUUACUAUGUUUGGGUCUUAGUAUUAUUUAGUUGUAGUUUUAUUUCUCCUUAAAUCUUGUACAUUUUCUGAUCUCAUUUUGUGUCUGUAAAUAUAAAUUAUGGCUAAGUCAAUAUGUGCAUUCCGUCCACCUAUAUGUUUGUGUAAAAAUGUUUUAUGUAUAGAAGGGUUGUAUCAAGUAAUGUCUUCCUACUUUAAGGGAUUGUUGAAAGCGAAUUUCAUUCGAACUUUCUCGAAGCCUUUGUAUUAUCCAAGAUCUUAUUUAGAUGUUAUUUUUAAUGUAAUUAAAUUGAUGAAUUU